GGCGGUAAAGCUUCAUGAAAUAAUAUGGCUGGACUCGAUAAGAGAACCAGGAACAAACUUUUCUUUCUGCUCCCCUAACCUGAGCGAUGGAGCAAAAUACAAGUGAUACACCUCAAAAAACAUUUACGUGCCAGUUGUGUGGUUUAAGUAGCCCUUAUAUUUACUACGGUCAGAAACCACCAAACACUAGAGCUAUCGUGUUGCUUGAGGAGUGUUUUGUUACCAAGGACCCCUUCAGUCCGGACAAAGAGAAGUUUCUUGUUUUGGGGUCUCCCUGCAGCCUGUGCAGCCUUUGUGUCUGUGUUGGAUCGGACUGCAGUCUUUUCUACACCAAGAGGUUCUGCAUGCAGUGUGUGAACAAGCACUUGGACCAGUUCCCCCAUCAGAUUCAGGCUGAGCUGGCCAAGAAGAAGCAGAGCUCCAAGACUGCCAUCUCAUGACAUCGGGCAGCAUGUCCAUAUCCUGCUCAGCUGUCUAGGACAGAUAUCUGAAUAGCUUUUGUCAUUAAUUGUUUUAUCAGCACUUUUGAUUAAACCCAUACGUACCAAACUAUAAAUACACCACAUCAAACAACAAAACAUCCUGUACUCUAUCAGCAUUGCUUUGUGUUAUUAUUCUAGUGGGAAAUCAACACACACCCAUCAGAAAAAUUCGGGUUUAUGCUUUUGGUUAGUAUGUUAGCCUGCUGCAUUAGCCAACCAGGUUUUAUUUGUUAUUGUAGAGUUUUAUAGAACUGAACAGGAGGUGUGACUAGUGUUGCCAGACCUCUGUUGGAUUGUGUUUGCAUGCUCAGAAUCAGACAUCCCAAUUCAAACUGGCUCCAAGUUUAAAAUCUCAUGGUCAUGUACUGUAUGUGGAUAGUUUCUCAAAAUUUUCUGUUGCUGCCUGACUUUUUAGAGGCAUGACAAUAUUUUAAAAAAAUGUGGACAUUGUAACUAAAAAGUCAAGCAUGUUUUCUAUCUUUAGAGCUCUUUGCUAUGUUAAUUAAUAAUCAAAUAAGGAUGAGUAGUAUUCAAAUUGUUGCUUAUAUAUGUUCAGUUAUUUCCAUGACAGUCAUUUACGCCCACUGCUUGUUCAGCCCAAUUCAGCAACUACUCUGGGCUCUCUGCAAACAGUUUCAGCAGUAUCACAACUAUGAAUGUAUGGCUCAAAAGCUUCUGCUGUUGAAAUGGAAAGAAAUUAUUAAAUUUCCUACAAUUUCCCUUUUUAUUUGUUGAAUUAUGCCUGUUGUGCAAUUUCGUUAUGUGCCACAUUUUUAUUACUUUUCAGCAACAUAUGGUAAUAGUAACAUUUAUGACACAUCCUCUCCACAAUAGACACGUUUGUGUUGAUAGUGACACAUCCAUUGCAAGAGUGCAUUACUGCUAUCCCUUUUGAUUUCUUUGUUCAUGGUCAAAGGGUGAACUGUUGACUUCUGUGAAGUUGAAAAAAUAUUUUUUCUGUAUUAUCUGAAACCAUAAAAAAAACACAAAGUGACCUUU